ACGCGCUACUCUCCUGGCGCUGUGGACCUCAGCAAAGAUCAUAUGUGGGUUGCUGAAGUGAGAUGUGCAAUGCUCCGGACCUCAGUGAAGAUCACCUGUGGUUUGCUGCAGUGAGGGGAGAGGACAACAGGGAAGGUGCUGCAUUGAGAGGUGCAAGUCUCGGGCGAAAUCUUUCUUGUGCAAUGAAGUGAAAUCACUACCUUUUAUGGUGAGCGGCAGUGCUUCUCCCCUUCACUUGUGUAGGGGGCAUCCAUCCCUAUGGCCAGUGGUUCUCCCCUACACUUGUGUGAUGGGCACCCCAUUUGUAAUAUAUCUGUACAGAUAAUGGUGCUUCAGUGUACAUAGUAAUAUGGGAUUGUGUUGUGUUUGUGGCACUAUCCUCCGUCUCAGGAGGAUCGAUGAGGGAGGGACCCUUUUUCUUUUUUUCCUUUUCAUUAUUAUUUGAAAGGAGGAAGCACAGCAUUUAGCAUGCCAGCAGCACUGUUUAGUGAUCAGCGCAACAUAUAUUCACAAGUAUCCUUACUAUCUAUCUUUGGAUAUGGAAUAUGUAUUCUAUAAUUAUAAUUCUAGUGGAAGGGGACUCCAACCCCAUGGAGGUUUCGUGGCAGUCGGGGAGGUAGAGCUGUACGCCAUAGACCAAAUUGAAUGCUAUAUGUGGGUCAACCACAGAGCACUUGGUGUUAGAACUUUUGCACAGGGGUGUGCAGAAAAUGGGUAUGGUAAAUUGCCGAACGGAACAGUGCAGGCUGAAGUAGAUGACGUGGAUUUCUAUUCUCUGUGUCUGGUGGGGUGGUGGUUGGUUUCCAGUCAGUCUUUAAUCCGUGCAAAGAAAGAAACGCACCCAAGUUGUGAGGCUUUUACUGCACCAAGCAGACAGGGCUGGCAGAUUGAUUACUUAUUUGACAGGCUCCUCAUAAGUCAGAUCUGGUUAGUAUGUAUUAACAUAUGCUGCUUCCAAGUCUACAUCUGCUUUUGCCCGUUCAAGGUGGUCGAAAUGCUUUCCCAUUGGCUCCUUUAGAGUUCGGAUAUCAUCAUCAUCCAUUAAAGGGAAAACAGUUGUACUCAAUGUGCUGGUAAUGAAUUGACCUUUGUUCCCAGCACACCCUGACUGUGUGAGAUUAGUUUGCGGGUUUGUUGUAAACCUCUUUUGUUGUGCCUUUGCUCUGCUUGCAGAGAACACCUACUUUUGUCUUCUCACUUUACCCCCAACAUAAAAAACACAAGGCAUGCAAUCAUUGAUGGCAACAUAAAAUGCCACACUUCGUUGGCAGAUUGACUGCAGGUUGGGGAGUGCAAAUCUGCCAGUUCUACUGUCUUGGAGGACGUUAGCAUCAAGAGUUAGUAGUACUUAAUACUAGACCUCUACCUCUACAAGUGGGUAGAAGAUCGGAGGGUUAUAGAUGUUUGCUGAUUUCUCUGACUGAUUGACAGAUGAGAGGGGAGAGCAUCUGAGGGUAGCAGCAGGUUGUGUCUGGGCACAGACAAGUGGAUGGACCCCACCCACUCAUCUGACAUGCAUCGGGGAGAGGCAAAGCUGAUGGAGGCAAAACCGCUGAUUGCGAUGUGGCUGGUGAUGUGAGGCAGCUGGUUCGGCCCCUGCAGUAAUUCACUGGAAAAAGGGAUAUAAUACUGAUAUAUACGAUUAGCCAUAGAUGGCGAUGAUAGGGCUUUCCUGGUGUUCAGUGUGGCUUUGCAAGGGAUGUAUUAUUGAUGAUCAGACAGUAGUGUACAUAGAAGACUUUACAAAAAGCAGUCAAUUGCCGGCAUGGUUGCAAACAGGAUUAGAGGGAUGAAGGCGGCAAUAAAGUUUCAUGGAGGUGUAGUAGCUGUUGAUUAUGAAGCAUGCUCAAUCGGGCAAUGCACGGGAAGCCAAGAAUCCGCAAAGUGAUGAAAUGGACUCUACUGGAAAAUGCAGUGUCAGCAAAGCAUCAACAGCAGUGUACAUCCAGAUACAUACAAAGAUGGCACAAAGUAGCGCAACGGAAGACUCAAAGAUAGGACCUGACCUGUCACACGACAUCCCAUCAUACAUCACUCAUGUGAGAGAGGGAGGAGGGACCGCACGCAUAGACGAAAGGUCCCUCCUUGCACACACACAUGGGGAAGAUACCAUGGAUGAGUGAUCAGGGGAGAGGCGAGACGAAGAUAAAGGCGAGGAAGAAGAAGAGACCGUGAUAGCGAAGUCCAAAAUAGUCUCCCUGUCGAAAGUACAAUCAAUGUCUGCGGCAAAAAUGUCGGAUCAGAUCCCGGGCAUCAUGCCCGUAGUGACCUCUGCCAGUAACCUCUCUCGCUCUCUCUGGAAGAAGAAAAAGAAGAAGAAGAAGAAGAAGAAGAAGAAGAAGAAGAAGGAAGGAAGAAGUUGAGUUGGAGGGCGAGAACAGAUAGAAGAAGAAGAAGAAGAUGUCGUCCUCCUCACUGUCUCACCUGCAGGGAACUGCCGCCAAGUACUGACGUCGUCGGCGUACGCUGUGCUGCAGGGCGUUGGAGCCAAGUCCAGCUAUGGCGCCCAGGUACGUACUCGAACGCUGCAGGUAUGGCCUCCGCCCUGUCUCCCUACCUGCUCCUCUGCCUCUAACGCAGCGCAGCGCUGUAGCGUGCGGUGCUGGUCCAGCAGUGUGUUGCCCAAGAAGUCAGCUACCCGAACUGUGUGUAUGCCCAGCUGCUGCCCAGCUAGAAGUAGUGCUGGGCCUGGCUGGGUGUGCCUGGUGCUGGCCUCAACUGACCCACUCUGUCUGGGCCCCUACUGGUCGUCCAGACCAUGCUGCUGAUGCAGCAAGGCGCAAAAACGUGUCUGGCCUAAAAACGGCCUCGCUCCUGUGUACCCAGCCCAAGGCGGAGCCUUGGGGCCUGCAAGUCUGAAACAUCGUCGGCGCAGACAAAAAUAGGACAGCAAAUAAAUAAGUAAAUAGAUAAAUAAAUAAAUGGUGCCUGUAGUC